AUGCCGAGCUUCGUGCCAGUGUCGGACCCCGAAAAGGCAAGAUUCGAACAAGAUGAAGAAUCUCUCCGCAAGCACCGGCAGUUUGACACGCCCUUUUCGCUUCUUCCCAAGGAUUUGAACAAUCCCAAAGAGAAGAAGGGCGAUCUGAAUCCGAUUGCUCGACGAUCAGAGGAGUUGUACCAAGACGAGAACAAGCUUUGGAAGAAGAAGCGCGAAGUUUUCGACAAGCAGCAAACCUGGGGCAAAGAGACGGGUGUGUGGUCAAACCCAGAACAAACACGCGAGCAAGACAAACGGAAGUACAAGCCUGGCGAAGUUUUUUGGGGUGCCAAGGGCACUUUUGGUGGGAAGCAGGAGGAUAGCGGUCUUCUUACCUUGCAGCGAGGCGAAGUGGAUCAGUCCCUGGAGCUGAAUGAAAAGGGCCUGUGGGUCCGCAAGAAGAAAAUGGCAACCGAGGAGGGCCCAGGCCUUUCCGACAGUGCCAAGCAGCUCCUGAAGGCGCCGAAGAACGGCGAGGAUCCGCGACUGGAAGCUGCCAAGCCACGUGGCCGGGGUACUGCAGAUGCCUCGGAAAAGGCCUUGGAGGCCCUUCAGGAGAGACGACGCCUGGAGCGCAAAGUCGCUGAUGAGCAAGGUGCUUAUGACUUCUGUCCUGGGGUUGUUUUGCUUCAGAAGGUGAUUUCUCAUUCGCCUGCCUUUGCCAUGAGCAGUGCCCUGAGAGCUGGCCAUGCCGCGACAAGUGGCCCUGGCCCGACAGGGCCUCGUGCCUCCAGCCGUGGCCGCCGCUUGGACAUCCAUAGCACAGCGGCCGCAGUGGGCCGUGCCAUGGUUGGGGCCAAGAGAGAGGAGGCUGCACUGCGGUCCAAAGCCGGCUCCGGUGAUGGCCUGGAAGACCUCUUGAGCGGCAAGGCGCGUUACCCAGAGGCUGUGCCAAGCAGGUUGAAAUUGAAUGGCUACUCAGCGACUCAGAAGACGAAUCAUUCCUUAGAUUUCGAUGAAGAGGCCAAGAAAUUGUGGGCGCGGCUAAACUUGGACCCUUCGGUUCUUUCGAGCGGGCCUUACAAUGCAAUGGAUGCGCUGUGGCAGCAUCCCGAGUCGCGAGCAGUCUUCUAUGUUGGCAACCAGACUGCGGCUUCCAACCUUGGAUUGCUCCACAAGAACGGUGUUACGCAUGUUGUGAACUGCACUGACAACAUGCCCAAUUACCAUGAGAACACUCCGGGCAGCUUCAUUAAGUACUACAGAUUUGACAUCUCGAGUUUCCACCGGCUCGUCAAAUCGGAUGCAGAUGCAGCACGAUUUGUUCAGCCAAUGCUGGACUGGGUUGGUGCCGCACUGGGGAGUGGGAAGAAUGUGAUGGUCCACUGUCUCGCUGGCGCACAUCGCGCUGGGACCACUGGCUGCAUUUGCUUGAUGCACUUUGCGGAGCUCAGCGCCAAAGAAGCAGUUCCAGCUGCAGCUUUGCUCAUUUUGAAGUGGAACUUCUGGCCAAGUUGGAGCGCAGCUGGAGGAGAAAGUCUGAACCUAUUGGUUGCGAAGCUUGCAUUUGUGGGAAAGAGCCAGCGCGGCAAGCUCCAUGCUUCUUUGGCUGUUAGCAUCACAGUUGCGACUGAUAAGCUGGAAAAGGUUGUCAACAGGCUUGGGAUGACCAACAAGGCCAAGAAGCCAGCUGGGAACACGGGGCCCGUGACAACGCUGAACAACAGCUCCCAGCAGUGUCGGCCAAGCAAGCGCCAUGCGGGCAUGAAGCGAUGGCAGGGUGUGCAGCGAACGGAUGAAGAGGCCAGAGAGAUAGUGGAGAAGGCCUUGGGAUCCUGCGCCGUUGGUGGUGCCUCGUCAGCCCCAGUUCGAAUAGAACCUUCAGCAACUCCAGCGAAGAGGAAUAGAAGCCCCUCGCCCGUCGUCGCCCCAAGCAGCCCUUCGGCCUCGGAGGGGGAAGAUGGCAAGUUCGAAGCCGCUUGGAUGGACUCCGGUGACGAGCGGGAGGCUGCCAAGCUCAGCGAGAAGCCCUCAGGUGCAAGCACUUGUGCAUCCAGAGUCACGCAAGCAACCACCCAGUUGUUCAAUUGCUUGGCGAGCACGUCCCUUGCUGGUACAGAUGAGUCGAGUGUUGCUAUCAGCCGCUGCGGCUGCUUCAACUCUUUGAAAGCCUCUACAAAGAACUGCGAGGAGACCCUGCGCGUCGAAAAGGGCGCUGUCCUGACGGAUCUCUUCCAGACCCAGAUUGGUCCGCAAACGCGUCGGUUCUGCAAGCAGCUGUGGUCUCAUUGGCAUAUUGGACGGCAAGUCCACUGGUGGGAGAAUGGCGAACUACACAUGUGUUUGUUGCUGGUGGUUGUGCUUUUUCUUCUGGCUUGCCUAUGGCUUUAUCGUGAUGUAGUACAAGCAGUUGUGAUUGAUCGUGAAGAAGCUGCGGAAGCUGCAGUAGAGGAUGUCAAAGUGGCGCUUCAUGACGUUUCCGACGCCUGUAGGAAACUGGAGGAAGAUCUCAUCCUCGGUCAUGAUGAAACCAAACCCAAAAGCAGCUCUGCUCGGCAUGAUGCCGGCUACGGCUUCUGCUAG